CCCUCUGUUUUCUUCUAUCACAAAUCCCAAUCAUUAUAGUUGAAAAUAAUGAGGUGCUUUACAGCUUGCUUUGGUAAUUGCAAGCACAAGAAAAUCAUUAAACCAUGUACAGAUAGUUACAAGAGUAAUAGCAUCUCUCCUAAAACUCUUAAGAAUUUGCUCAAGACACACAAAAAUGGCGAAGCAUCUGUAGCCAUUAAGAAUGCUACAAAAGAAGAAGCUCAGCAUGGGGAUGUUACAAACACCAUUAACAUCAUUCAAGAAUCCAAGAAUAAGGAGGAAGAAGAAGAAAAGGAGUUGAAUAUAAGCAGCAGAAAGAAGGUUACAUUUGAUGAUGUAAAUAUAUCAUCAAUCAUCAAUGAGAGGGGCUUAGCAAACCAAGAAUCUGCAUAUUGCUUAGAGGAGAUUUGCAACAAGGAAAAGGAAAAGGAGAAAGGGAAUGUAAAAGAAGAAGAAGAAGAAGAAGAAGAAGAAGAAGAAGAAGAAGAAGAAGAAGAAGAAGAAGAAGAAGAAGAAGGGACCACGCUUUCAGAUUCAAGCGCGUCAAGCUAUAUAUCUUUUCCUCCAAGUCAUAGAUAUCAUUGCUGCAGAAAGAGUGAUGACGAAUUUGAAGCUAUUGAUUUAAACGAUAAUGAUCUGGAAAAUGAUGAUGAUGUUGAAGUUUCUGGAAAUGCAAUGAUUGAACAAGAACAAUCUUCCGACUCAUCUUUAUUUUCGCUCUCCAUAGACUCUAGGAAAAGAAAUCCUAAGCCAGAAUUGGGUGAAAAGGAGGUCAAUAGUCCAUUGAAACUUAGUGCUAAAGAUCGGAGUCAAUUAUCAGUGUUGAAUCCCAUUCAAGAGAAGGAAAAUAUCAAUAUUUUGAAUCUUCCUAACUUUAGAACUAGUACUACUUAUUGUGUACAACAAGACCCUAGUUUGAAGCAGUCAACAAAACAAACAAAGCGCCUGGAGGAGAAUCAAAUCACAGUAGAUACUAGCCUUUCAAGCUGGUUAAUUGAAUCUCAAGAUGACGACACACCAAAUUCCAAAAACAAUGUUGGUGAUUUGGUUGGCAAUUAUUCAUCCACGCCUUCGAUACGAGUUGAAGAUAGACCAGUUUUAGUUGAACUCAAACACAUAGCUAACUCAUCUUGUGUAAUAGGGACUGUGGGGAGUUAUUUGAGACAUACAGGGCAGGCUACAGAUUCAGAUUCUGCUUCAUCUUGCAAAGGCAUUUCAUCGAACAAGACAUAUGCGCUCCUAAGAGAGGAUAAAAACUAUAUUUGCAGCCAUUCUACACCAUUUCAGGUCAGGUUAGUGAGAGCACUAGAUAGUGAUUUGGCUCAAGCUUAACUACAUUUCUCUUGAGCCGAGGGUCUAUCGAAAACAGCCACUCCCCAAACUCUACUCGUGAGAUUACAGAAGGGUCUAUCGAAAACAGCCACUCCCCAAACUCUACUCGUGAGAUUACAGAAUAUGUUAUUGAAAGGGAUCAUUAAGCACAAUGUCUCAUCGUUUGACAGGAAAAAGUUGUGCCCCUUUUGUGUAAUUAGUAUGAAUUGCAUUUUGUUGGACGAGUCGGAAUUUGCUAGGAGCGUGUAUUCUUCCGAAUUUGUCGUGCCAGUGAAAUGUGUCUGUACGGUAUGUUCAAGCGAUUUGAUAGUGUAAAAAUAUUUAUGACGGCAUAUUUAUGAAUUUAAGCUUUUGAAAUAAUAUUUUGAAAUUAUCGUGUAGUAAAA